GAGAGAGAGAGAGAGAGAGAAACAACAGAGUGAGUGAUCUCCGCGUGUGUCUUGUGUGUUUAAUACAGCGCGUAUCUUAUAUCAGUGACAGCGCACUACCAGGUCACGGCUAGGAGAGAAACAUGGCAGCCUGGCUGUGACGUAGACAGUGGCGAGAGAAAAACCCCGAACUGAAAAGAGAGCGUGGAACCGGCGGAGUGAUGGCUCUGUCUGACACGGGAAUCAUCUCUCACUUUGGCCUCUUCCAGCCACGAUCACUUCCGCUUCAUGUUUUGGUUUAGUGCGAGGAUUUUCUAAUAUUAACAGACACCUUCCAGGGUAGUGUUCACCUAUGUUCACGGAUGGACGCGUCGGCUCAGAAUGUCGUCCAAAUUGUCUGUCUUCGGCAAGCUGGCGUCUUUCAAAUAUAUCCUCAUUUCUGUAAUAAUUGUGACGGUUGUGACGCUGUUUAUCCUCACAACCUAUGGACCGAUGGGCGCUGUUUCACAUCAGAUGGCGUCACUGAGGCGGUCACGUGUCAAAUUUAAAGCUUACGAGGUUUUGUACAGAAACGAUACAUUCCGCUUAUUCGGGCGAUAUUUAGAUAAAGACACGAAAGCUUCUAGUGACGUCUUUGAAAUUGAAAUUGACCAGUCAACAGUUGAAAAGUUGAAGUUGCAAUUCGUACUAGAAAAGCGGAAAAGCUAUCCUUUUGGUGAAAUAAAAGUCGAAAAAGUAAACUGUCGCGCACUAUUUGAUGGAAAUCAGGAAGAGCAGAAUAAAACAAGGGAGAUAAUGGCGGGAUACAAUAAAACUUCAAGGUCACCUGACCUCUACGUGGAGGACACACUGAACUGUAAAAGCUUCAAACAGAAACGGGGUUACGUCACUUCCUCUUUAACACCGGAAGAGGAGAAUUUCCCUAUCGCUUUCAGCAUCCUCAUGUUCAAAGACGUCGAGCAGACCGAACGUCUCUUGCGCGCCAUCUACCGGCCGCAGAACGUCUACUGCAUCCACGUAGACAGCAAGGCGCACUCUGACGUCAGAAAGUCUAUGACGUCAAUAUCGGCCUGUUUUGACAACGUGUUCUUGGCGUCUCGCUCGGUGGACGUGCAGUGGGGCACGUACACGGUGCUGGAGCCGGAGCUGGUGUGUAUGAAGGACCUGUGGCGGUACAAGAAGUGGCGAUACUUCAUCAACCUCACUGGCCAGGAGUUCCCGCUGAAGACCAACAGACAGCUGGUCGAGAUCCUCAAGGCGUAUAACGGGGCCAACGAUCUGGAGUCCACUAUAAAGAACGCCAAUAAGAACCGUUGGGAGAAGGCCGGGAAACCCCCGCACAACAUCACGGCUGUGAAAGGGUCUGUGCAUAUCACGGUGAGCAGGGGGUUCGUCGACUACGUGCUGCACAACGAGACGGCCGCGGAUCUCCUCGAGUGGGCGAAGAAGGUCGAUGUUCCAGACGAGACGUACUUCACCUCCCUCAACCACAACCCGCACCUCGGCGUCCCGGGCUCUUACAAAGGAGAGCCGGAACAUGACCCGAAAGCCAAACCAUUUCUGACUCGCUUCAAAAACUGGGGUUCACCACCGUACAAUUGGCCGUGCGCUGGGCAGCGCGUGAGACUCAUCUGCAUAUUCGGUAUCGGUGAUCUCCCUUUGCUGGAAGACCGGAAGGAGCUUUUCGCCAACAAGUUUUACUGGGACUACGAGCCGUAUGCUCUGGACUGCAUGGAGGAAUUAAACCACAACAGAACGAGAGACGAGUACGCGGGACUGACGCACUUUGAUGCAUCUUACUACAAGCAUUUAGCUAUUGUCACUAACAAAGUGUGACGACGACGACGAUAAUGAUGAUAGUGAUGACGAUGAUGAUGAUGGUGCUUAUAAGCUCUAUUCUGCUGAAUAUAUGAAUAAUGAUGAUGAUGGUGACGACGAUGAUGAUGAUGGUGCUUAUAAGCUCUAUCCUGCUGAAUAUAUGAAUGAUGAUGAUGAUGGUGACGACGAUGAUGAUCUCGAUGAUGAUGGUGGUGGUGCCUAUAAGCUGUCUCGUAGAAGAUAUGAGUGAUGAUGAUGAUGAUGAUAUUAUUGGUAAUUAAUGAUGAUGGUGGUAAUUGAUGAUAAUGAUGAUCAUAAGCGUACUAGCAUUCGGGCAGAAAUUAUACAGAUAUUCUGGUAAAACGUGCUAAUCUGACACCUUUUUACCAUGUAUUUCCAUCAUUCUAACCUCAAACUUAGGUGUAAUCCAUAUAAAAAUACGUAGCGAUUCGUUUGCAAGCCUAUAUAGCUGUUUGAUAGAAAUGUUAAUAUGAAUAUAAAGUUGUCAUCCAGAUUCGGGCAUUUUCG